AUGAGGAAUAAGGGCUAUGAACGGGUUGAUUCGGAUCCGAAUCUUCAUGACAACAGCGCAACUACACUCCUAAACGAAGAUUAUGCUUCCACUUCUCAUGGCAAUCUGGACUAUGAGGAUAGUCCAGAAGAUGAAAUGGAAAGAUAUGAGCUGGAUGAUCAUCUUGGUGAAAUUCCAGUGACAUUUCAUCGAAGACAACGAAGAGAGGCUUUAUAUGGACCUGGAUCACAACGUGGAAGUUAUCUGGAAGAAAGCAACCCUAUGUUACAUUCAUGCCAUGAUGAGAGUGGCCACGAUCAUAUGGAUAACAGUGAGGACUCAAAAGAAGAAGAUGAAGAAGAAUCUGAACGAGGCUUAAGAAAGUAUGCCAAGUUAAUUCUACCACACGUAGCUCUUGUUCUAUUGACUUGCGCUUAUACCGUAUUAGGAGCUUCGAUUUUCUACAGUGUUGAAAGGCCGCAUGAAUUGGAAACAAAACAACAACAACUACAACAAAUAUACACGAGACAAACAGAGUUUGUUGAUCAACUAGUACGACUUGCAGCUCAGAACCAGACAGAUCGAUUAGAAUGGGAGUUGAUCGCUGAACGGCAUAUGCACAACAUGUCCGAUCAGCUUUUCGUUGCGUUUGAGAAAUAUUUCUUGACCUCAACUGAAGUUAAAAAGAACGUGACUACUGAAAUAUGGAGCUUUCCAACAUCCAUCUUCUUCGCAGUUACUGUUGUAACGACGAUUGGCUACGGUAAUCCCGUACCUGUGACUAAUGUUGGUCGCAUUGUAUGCAUUAUGUUUUCCUUGUUUGGAAUUCCUUUAACUCUAGUUACGAUAGCUGAUCUUGGAAAGUUCUUAUCUGAACACUUAGUAUGGAUGUAUGGAAACUAUUUGAAAUUGAAGCAUUUAAUAUUCGAUCGAGAUAAACGCGAACGAACACGAGAGCAUGUGUGUGAGCAUUGCCAAAGCCAAGGAAUCGGUCACAACAUGCAUAUAAUUGAGGAGCAAAGAAUACCUGCUAUUCUUGUUCUGGCUAUACUGGUGUUGUACACUGCUCUUGGAGGAGUGCUGAUGUCAAAACUUGAACCAUGGACGUUCUUCACUUCAUUCUACUGGUCUUUUAUUACCAUGACAACUGUCGGGUUUGGCGAUUUGAUGCCGCGUAGGGAUGAAUACAUGUACAUCAUAUUGCUAUAUAUAAUUCUAGGAUUGGCUAUUACUACUAUGUGUAUCGACUUAGUUGGCGUUCAAUAUAUCAGAAAAAUUCAUUACUUCGGGCGAAAAAUUCAAGAUGCACGUUCGGCACUUGCAGUUGUUGGUGGAAAGGUCGUGCUUGUUUCCGAACUCUAUGCUAACCUCAUGCAGAAGAGAGCUCGAAAUCUAUCGAAAGAAGCAUUCAUAAUCGAGAACUUAUAUAUUUCUAAGCAUAUAAUUCCUUUCAUACCGAGUGAUAUUCGACUUAUUCGAUAUAUUGAUCAAAAUCCAGAUGGAACUCUAUCGACUUCAUCCUCGUCAAUCGAUCUUCAGAGCUGCCGUUUUUGUCAUUCUCGUUUUAGCCUUUCGAAUCAUAAUAUUCCGGCAUCUACUAUGACAACGACAGAUUGA